UUGUCAAACACCAUCAAGCCUCAGAGGAAGAAGAUUAGUUUCACCGCGUUCUCUGUUGUUUUGUUGUGGUGCUUAAUACAAACUGUAAGAAAAUUAAUUUAUGUAAAUAAAAACACAUCAGGUCAGUAAAUACCUGUAAUAUUCUUAUCAUCAUAGUCGUGUCUACGUUUUGAAGCAAGGAGAAAUAUAUCGGGAAGAAUAUCAGCUGAAGAUGGUGUUUGUUAAAGAGGAGACCGAGGAGAACACGAGUGAAAUAAAACACGAGGAACCAGAAACCUGGAAAAUAAAAGAAGAGGAACCAGAAACCUGGAAAAUUAAAGAAGAGGAACCAGAAACCUUGAUAAUAAAAGAAGAGGAACCAGAAACCUGGAAAAUAGAAGAAGAGGAACCAGAAACCUGGAAAAUAGAAGAAGAGGAAAAAGGAGAGUUUAUUGAAGAAAGAGAGGAGAACAAAAAAUGGAGUGAGGUUGAGGAUAAAAAUCAUGUCAAAACUGGAGAAAAACCUUUGAGUUGCUCUCAAACCAAACAGAAAGAUCUAAAGAAAAGAAGAGCCAAGAAACCUUUCACCUGCACUCAGUGUGGAAAGAGUUUGACAAGCAAAUAUAAUCUUGAUUUUCACAUGAGAUUUCACACUGGAGAGAAACCGUUCACUUGUAAACAAUGUGGGAAGAAUUUUGCACGGAAAGGAAACCUUAAAGAGCAUAUGAGAUGUCAUACUGGAGAGAAACCGUACACUUGUGAUCAGUGUAAUAAAACAUUUUUGAGGGCUUCAGACCUGAAGAAACACCUGACAGUUCAUACAAAGGAGAAGCCGUAUUCAUGUUAUUCGUGUGGAAGGAGUUUUUCACGUGUUUCAUAUUUGAGAGAACAUCAGAAAACACAUACUGGUGUGAGAGAGUACAUGUGCUUUGAGUGUGGAAAAACUUUCACUACAGCGAGUGGUUUAAAACAGCACGAGAGGAUCCACACUAGAGAGAAAUCUUAUAAUUGUCCACACUGCAAAAAGAGAUUCAGUGAUUCAGGAGACCUAAAAACACAUGAGAUGUUCCACACUGAAGAGAAACCUUAUAAGUGUUCACACUGUGACAAGACAUUCAAUAGGUCAACAGACCUGAAAACACAUGAGAGGAUCCACACUGGAGAGAAACCGUACAAGUGUUCACAUUGUGACAAGAGAUUCAAACAGUCAUCACAUCUAAAAAAACAUGAGAGGAUCCACACUGGAGAGAAACCUUAUAAGUGUUCACACUGUGACAAGACAUUCAAUAGGUCAGCAGACCUGAAAACACAUGAGAGGAUCCACACUGGAGAGAAACCGUACACAUGUAAUCAGUGUGAGAAGUGUUUCACACACUCAUCACAUCUUAAGGAUCACAUGAACAUCCACACUGGAGAGAAAUCGUGCUCAUGUGAUCAAUGUAAUAAAACAUUUUUGAAUAGAUUCAUGCAAUUCAGGUGGAAAGAGUUUUUCACAUUUUUCAAUUUUGAAAAUACAUCAGAAAACGCAUACUUGUGUAAAAAUGCACAAGUGCUCUGAGUGUGAAAACACUUUUACUUCAGUGGGCGGUUUAAAACGGCAAGAGAGGAUCCACACUGGAGAGAAACCUUACAAGUGUGCAUACUGUGACAAUAGAUUCAGUAAGUCGUCAAAUCUGAAAACACAUGAGAGGAUCCACACUGGAGAGAAACCAUAUCACUGCACUGAAUGUGGGAAGCGCUUCAGUCAUUCAUCUGCUCUACACAUACAUGCAAAAAACUAUCACAGUAAGGCCCCAUACAAACAGAGAUGCAUUUAGCUGUAUAUGUACCAAUUUUGUAUCCUAUUGGUGUGUCCUCUAGAGGAAUUCUGCGUUUUGGCAGCAUGAAACUUCUAAUUUUUCUUAACAGGUCCCAGAGUGGAUUGAUCUGAAAACGACACCUUUGCAUUUUUGUGUGUAAAGCCAAUCAAAAUAUUUUGUGAAACAAUGAA